UCUGCAGUUUCCCCGCCUUGCACCCAGGGAAUUGAUUGACAGAAAUCAUUAUCCAACCCUCGACGCGGGGCCUCCUCCCGGGACUGAUGAUUGGCCUCCUGGGAGGACUGGAGUAAGGGGGUGCAAGAGGAGAGGUCCGCGGACUUGGAAAGUGGGAGGGAAGGACGCGCUUCUCCGGGCGGUCCCGGCGGGCUGCGAGGGCUGCGCCUGGGACUUGGGCUGCAGCCUGGGCUGCGCUGCGCCACUCUCCCAUCCUUCUGGCCCAGUCCAGGCUUCGGGAGGACCCGGCAGCAGGCGUGCGGAGCUCCCGGAGCUUUCAGAAGCCUGCCUGGAACUGUGUGCUCUCGGUCUGACCUGCGGGAGCCUUAACACCCUGACCAUGCUAGCAGCCCGGACCCCGGGCGCUGCUACCCGAGCGCGCGGAACAGCUAACUCCACCAACUCUCAGCAGAUACCUGCGCCGCCACCCGGGCUGCUGCUGCUGCUCCUGUCUCUGGUAAGCCCCAUGUCUGCACAGCCCGCUGCCCCUGGCCGAGCACUGCUGUCUUCGGGUCUCGCGGGGGCUUCUGGGGUGCCUGCGGAAGAGACUAUUGAGCUAGCGAACCGCGGACUCCGGGUGCCCUUCGGGCGUGAGGUCUGGCUGGACCCGCUGCACGACCUAGUGUUGCAGGUGCAGCCCGGAGACCGCUGCUCAGUGACUGUGCUAGACAACGACGCGCUGGCCCAGCGGCCUGGCCGCCUGAGCCCCAAGCGCUUCCCGUGUGACUUCGGCCCCCGCGAGGUGCGCUACUCGCACCUGGGCGCGCGCAGCCCGUCGCGGGACCGCGUCCGGCUGCAGUUGCGCUAUGAUUCCCCCGGAGGGGCUGUAGUGCUACCUCUGGUCGUGGAGGUGGAAGUGCUUUUUACUCAGCUGGAGGUCGUGACUCGAAAUUUACCCCUGGUGGUGCAAGAACUGCUGGGGACCAGCAAUGCCCUGGACGCCAGGAGCUUGGAGUUCGCCUAUCAGCCCGACACGGAGGAGUGCCGCGUGGGCAUCCUGUCUGGCCUGAACGCGCUGCCUCGCUACGGAGAACUACUCCACUACCCGCAGGUUCCUGCGGGAGCCAGAAAGGAAAGCGCGCCCGAGCCCCUCCUGAUGGACUGCGGAGCUUUCCAGGAGUUGGGCGUGCGUUACCGCCACACAGCCCGCAGUCGCUCACCGAACAGGGACUGGAUACCUAUGGUGGUGGAGCUGCGUUCUCGAGGGGCUCCUGUGGGCAGCCCUGCUUUAAAACGCGAGCACUUCCAGGUGCUAGUGAGGAUCCGCGGAGGGGCAGAAAACACUGCGCCCAAGCCGAGUUUUGUGGCCAUGAUGAUGAUGGAAGUUGACCAGUUUGUACUGACUGCCCUGACUCCAGACAUGCUGGCUGCGGAGGAUGCGGAGUCUCCCCCAGACCUCUUGAUCUUCAACCUCACCUCUUCCUUCCAGCCGGGCCAGGGCUACUUGGUGAGCACCGAUGACCGCAGCCUGCCCCUCUCCUCCUUCACUCAGAGGGAUCUGCGCCUCCUGAAGAUUGCCUACCAGCCGCCCUUUGAAGACUCUGAUCAGGAGCGUCUCUUCCAGCUGGAACUAGAGGUCGUAGACCCAGAAGGAGCAGCCUCAGACCCUUUCACCUUCAUGAUAGUGGUGAAGCCCAUGAACACCUUGGCACCGGUGGUCACCCGGAACACUGGUCUGAUUCUCUAUGAGGGGCAGUCCCAGCCACUCACAAGUCCUGCAGGUAGUGGGCCACAAAACUUGGUCAUCAGUGAUGAAGAUGACCUGGAAGCAGUAAGACUGGAAGUGGUGGCUGGGCUCCGACAUGGACAUCUUGUCAUUCUGGGUGCUUCCAGGGGCAGCUCUGCUCCUAAGACCUUUACAGUGGCUGAGCUGGCAGCCGGCCAGGUUAUCUACCAGCACGAUGACAGAGAUGGUUCCCUGAGUGACAACCUUGUACUCCGCAUGGUGGAUGGAGGAAGCAGGCAUCAAGUGCAGUUUCUGUUCCCCAUAACCUUGGUCCCUGUGGAUGACCAGCCACCUGUUCUCAAUGCCAACACAGGGCUGACACUGGCAGAGGGCGAAACAGUGCCCAUCCCGCCCUCUGUUCUGAGUGCAACUGACAUAGAUUCAGAGGAUUCUCUGCUGCUUUUUGUGCUGGAGUCACCCUCUUCCACCUCAGGGCACUUGCUUCUCCGACAAACUCAUCCUCCCCGUGAGGAUCAGGAGCUGCUCAGGGGCCUUUGGAGGAAGCAGGGAGAAUAUUAUGAGCGAGAAGUGACAGAGUGGCAGCAGAAGGACAUAACAGAGGGAAGGCUGUUCUACAGGCACGCAGGGGCCCAUAGGCCUGGGCCAGUGACGGACCAGUUUACGUUUAGAGUCCAGGAUAACCAUGAUCCGCCUAACCAAUCUAGACUACAAAGGUUUGUGAUACGAAUUCACCCUGUAGAUCAUCUCCCUCCAGAGCUGGGCAGUGGCUGUCCCCUUCGGAUGGUGGUGCAGGAAUCUCAGCUCACACCACUGAAGAAAAAGUGGCUGCACUAUACUGACCUGGACACAGAUGAUCGAGAACUUCGGUAUACAGUGACCCAGCCCCCCAUGGACACAGAUGAAAACCACUCACCGGCCCUGCUGGGCACAUUGGUCCUCACUGACAACCCCUCAGUGGUGGUGACCCACUUUACCCAAGCCCAGAUCAAUCACCACAAAAUUGCUUACAGACCCCCAAGUCAAGAGCUGGGAGUGGCUGCGCGAGUGGCCCAGUUCCAGUUCCAGGUAGAGGACAGAGCUGGCAAUGUGGCUCCUGGUACUUUCACCCUUUACUUGCAGCCUGUGGACAACCAGCCACCUGAUAUUCUCAACACUGGUUUCACUAUUCAGGAGAAGGGCCACCACAUUCUGAGUGAAACUGAGUUGCAUGUGACCGAUGUGGACACUGAUGUGGCCCACAUCUCUUUCCGGCUUACAGAGGCACCCAAACAUGGCCACAUGCAAGUGUCUGGACAGGUGUUACCUGUAGGAGGGCUCUUCCACUUGGAGGACAUAAAACAGGGCCGAAUUUCUUAUGUUCAUAAUGGGGAUGGAUCCUUGGCUGAUAGCUGCUCCUUGGAGGUCAGUGAUAGACACCAUGUGGUACCCAUCACCCUCCGGGUGAAUGUUCGGCCAGUGGACCAUGUAGUGCCCAUGCUAAGCUUUCCUCCUGGUACUCUGGAGUCCUAUCUAGAUGUUUUAGAAAAUGGAGCUACUGAAAUCACUGCCAGUAUUAUUAAGGGGACCAGUGAGUACACUGAUGAUCUCAUGUUGACUUUUCUGUUGGAAGACCCGCCCUCAUAUGGGGAGAUCUUGGUCAAUGGAGCUCCUGCAGAGCAGUUCACCCAGAGAGACAUCUUGGAAGGCUCUGUUGUCUAUGCCCACACCAGUGGUGAGAUUGGCCUGUUGCCCAAGGCAGACUCUUUUAACCUGAGUCUGUCGGAUAUGUCUCAAGAAUGGAGAAUCAGUGGCAGUACUAUCCAGGGUGUAACUGUAUGGGUGACCAUCCUCCCUGUGGACAGUCAGUCUCCCAUAAUUUCUGUGAAUGAACAGUUCAUAGUUUUGGAAGGUGACAAGAGUGUUAUUACCUCCACACAUAUAAAUGCUGAAGACAUUGACUCUCUGAAUGAUGACAUCUUGUGCACAAUAAUUAUUCAGCCAACUUCGGGUUAUGUUGAAAACAUUUCCCCAGCUCCAGGCUCUGAGAAAUCAAGAGCAGGGAUUGCCAUAAGUGCCUUCUCUCUGAAAGAUCUCAGACAGAGUCACAUUAACUAUGUCCAGAGUGUCCAUAAAGGGGUGGAACCUGUAGAAGAUCGAUUUAUAUUUCAUUGUUCUGAUGGCAUUAACUUUUCAGAGAGACAGUUUUUCCCCAUUGUAAUCAUUCCUGUCAAUGAUGAACAGCCAGAAAUGUUUAUGAGAGAAUUUAUGGUGAUGGAGGGCAUGAGUCUGGUGAUCGAUACGCCCAUUCUCAAUGCUGCAGACGCUGACAUUCCCCCAGAUGAUUUAACUUUCACUAUUACCCAAUUUCCCACUCAUGGUCAUAUCAUGAGCCAGAUGAUAAAUGGCACUGUUUUGGUCGAAAGCUUCACCUUGGACCAGAUCAUAGAGAGUUUCAGCAUUAUUUAUGAGCAUGAUGACUCUGAGACUCAGGGAGACAGUUUUAUGAUUAAACUAACAGAUGGCAGGCAUUCUGUGGAAAAAAUGGUUGUCAUUAUGGUUAUUCCUGUUGAUGAUGAAACUCCCAGAAUGGCCAUCAAUAAUGGACUGGAAAUAGAAAUUGGGGAAACCAAAAUUAUCAGCAACAAAAUAUUAAUGGCAACUGAUUUAGACUCUGAUGACAAAUCAUUGGUUUAUGUUAUUCGUUUUGGGCCAGAACAUGGCUUAUUACAGAGACGAAAACUUACAGGUACCUUAGAAAAUAUCACACUGGGCAUGAAUUUUACCCAGGAUGAAGUGGACAGAAACUUAAUUCAGUAUGUUCAUCAUGGACAAGAGGGCAUCCGGGACUUAAUUAAAUUUGAUGUAACUGAUGGAAUAAAUCCCCUCAUAGAUCGUUACUUUUACGUAUCCAUUGGGAAUAUUGACGUUGUCUUCCCUGAUGUUAUAAGCAAGGGAGUGUCCUUGAAAGAAGGUGGGAAAGUCACUCUCACAACAGACCUACUAAGCACUAGUGACUUGAAUAGUCCUGAUGAAAAUUUAGUUUUUACAGUAACCAGGGCUCCCACCAGAGGUCAUUUAGAGUGCACAGAUCAAACUGGAGUGUCCAUCAUGUCUUUCACUCAGCUCCAACUUGCUGGCAACAAAAUCUACUACAUCCACACAGCAGAAGACGAGGUGAAAAUGGACAGUUUUGAGUUCCAAGUCACUGAUGGUCAUAACCCUGUUUUCCGGACAUUCCGCAUUUCUAUUAGUGAUGUGGACAACAAAAAGCCAGUGGUCACCAUCCAUAACUUGGUUGUCAGUGAAAGUGAAAGCAAGCUGAUCACUCCCUUUGAACUCACUGUGGAAGACAGAGAUACCCCUGACAGACUCCUAAAAUUCACUGUCACCCAGAUGCCAGUUCAUGGUCAUCUACUCUUCAACAAUACAAGACCUAUCUUGGCUUUUACCAAGCAAGACUUGAAUGAAAACUUAAUCAGCUACAAACACGAUGGCACAGAAUCCACUGAAGACAGCUUCUCCUUCACAGUGACAGAUGGCACUCACACAGAUUUCUAUGUUUUCCCUGAUACAGUAUUUGAAACAAGGAGACCUCAAAUGAUGAAGAUCCAAAUCUUAGCUGUUGAUAACAAUGCCCCUCAAAUUGCAGUGAAUAAAGGCGCCUCUACACUUCGCAUUCUGACCACUGGCCACCUGGGUUUCAUGAUCACAAACAAAAUACUGAAAGUGGAGGACAGAGACAGCCUACACUUUUCUCUUCGGUUUAUUGUGACAGAGGCCCCUCGCCAUGGGUAUCUUCUAAACCUGGGCAAAGGCAACCACAGCAUCACUCAGUUUACCCAAGCUGACAUUGAUGACAUGAAAAUAUGCUAUGUCUUAAGAGAGGGGGCCAAUGCCACAAGCGAUGUGUUCCAUUUUACAGUUGAAGAUGGUGGAGGCAACAAGUUAACCAACCAGCAUUUUCGUCUGAAUUGGGCAUGGAUCUCUUUUGAAAAGGAAUACUACCUGAUCAACGAAGACUCCAAAUUUCUAGAUAUCAUUCUUAAACGUAGAGGUUACUUGGGAGAAACUUCAUUUAUAAGUAUUGGCACACGAGACGGGACAGCCAAAAAAGACAAAGACUUCAAAGGCAAAGCUCAGAGGCAAGUGCAGUUCAACCCAGGCCAGACCAGAGCCACGUGGAGAGUGCGGAUCCUGAGUGACGGGGAGCACGAGCAAUCUGAGACCUUUCAAGUGGUUCUCUCCGAGCCGGUGCUGGCGGCCCUGGAGUUCCCCUCGGUGACCACCGUGGAGAUCAUCGACCCAGGGGACGAAUCAACUGUAUUCAUUCCCCAGUCUGAAUAUUCCAUUGAAGAAGAUGUGGGAGAGCUGUUUAUUCCCAUCAGAAGGAGUGGGGAUGUCAGCCAGGAGCUCAUGGUGAUCUGUUCCACACAGCAAGGAACAGCAACAGGAACGGUGCCAACUUCAGUGUUGUCUUACUCUGAUUAUAUAUCGAGGCCUGAGGACCACACCAGUAUUGUCCGCUUUGACAAAGGCGAGCGAGAGAGAAUGUGCAGGAUAGUUGUGAUUGACGACUCCUUGUAUGAAGAGGAAGAAACGUUCCAGGUCCUUCUGAGCAUGCCAAUGGGCGGGAGACUGGGCUUAGAGUUCCCAGGGGCUCAGGUUACCAUCCUACCUGACAAAGAUGAUGAACCCACCUUCUACUUUGGGGACGUGCAGUACUCGGUGGAUGAGAGCGCUGGCCACGUGGAGGUGCGGGUGUGGAGAGUGGGCACCGACCUCUCCAGGCCGUCCAGUGUCACGGUGAGAUCUCGGAAAACGGACCCUCCCUCUGCUGAUGCUGGAACAGAUUAUGUGGGAAUCAGUCGUAAUUUAGAUUUUGCACCCGGAGUCAACAUGCAGACUGUCCAUGUUACCAUCCUGGAUGACCUUGGACAACCAAUGCUGGAAGGAAUUGAGAAAUUUGAGCUGGUGCUUCGGAUGCCUAUGAAUGCUGCCCUCGGGGAGCCCAGCAAAGCCACAGUGUCCAUAAACGACUCUGUCUCUGAUUUGCCUAAGAUGCAAUUCAAAGAACGAGUGUACACUGGUAGUGAAAGUGAUGGGCAGAUAGCUGCGGUGAUCCACCGGAGUGGGGACGUCCAGUUCAGGUCCUCAGUGAGAUGCUACACACGGCAGGCAUCCGCGCAGGUGAUAAUGGACUUUGAAGAACGUCCGAACACUGACGUCUCAACCAUCACGUUCCUCCCUGGUGAGACUGAAAAGCCCUGUGUCCUUGAGCUGAUGGAUGACACGCUCUAUGAGGAGGUAGAGGAGCUCCGCCUGGUACUUGGCACUCCACAAAGCAACUCCCGCUUCGGGGCUGCAAUUGGUGAACAAAACGAAACUCUGAUAAGGAUCCAAGAUGAUGCUGACAAGACUGUAAUCAAAUUUGGAGAAACCAAAUUUAGUGUCACAGAACCCAAAGAGCCUGGAGAGACAGUGUUGGUAAAAAUUCCAGUGAUUCGCCAAGGAGACACUUCUCAAGUUUCCAUCGUGAGAGUCCACACAAAAGAUGGCUCAGCCACCUCUGGGGAGGACUAUCACCCAGUGUCAGAAGAAAUUGAGUUUAAGGAAGGAGAAACCCAGCACAUAGUUGAAAUCGAAGUAAUCUUCGAUGGGAUAAGAGAGAUGCGAGAGGCCUUCACUGUUCACCUAAAACCUGAUGAAAACAUGAUAGCAGAGACACAGGUGACCAAAGCCAUUGUGUAUAUAGAAGAGACGAGCAGCAUGGCAGAUGUCACCUUUCCUUCUGUUCCUCAAAUCAUGUCCUUGCUACUAUAUGAUGACACUUCCAGAGCUAAGGAGGGAGCCAGACCUGUGUCUGGCUAUCCUGUCAUCUGCAUCACAGCAUGCAACCCCAAGUAUUCAGACUACGACAAAACAGGCUCCAUUUGCGCAAGUGAGAAUAUCAAUGACACUCUGACCCACUACCGGUGGCUAAUCAGUGCUCCCGCAGGCCCUGAUGGAGUCACCAGCCCCAUGAGAGAGGUGGACUUCGACACGUUUUUUACCUCAUCCAAGAUGAUCACCUUAGACUCCAUCUACUUCCAGCCUGGCUCCCGGGUACAGUGCGCGGCCCGAGCUGUAAACACCAAUGGCAAUGAAGGCCUGGAGCUGAUGAGCCCGAUCAUCACCAUCGGCAGGGAGGAAGGUCUCUGUCAGCCACGCAUACCUGGGGUCGUGGGUGCCGAGCCAUUCUCAGCUAAAUUACGCUACACGGGCCCACAGGACCUGGAUUAUCCAAAUCUCGUCAAACUCACUGUCACCAUGCCACACAUAGAUGGCAUGCUUCCCGUCAUCUCGACCAGAGAGCUCUCCAACUUUGAGCUGACCCUCAGCCCCGACGGCACGAGGGUGGGCAACCACAAGUGCUCCAACCUGCUGGAUUACACGGAAGUGAAGACCCACCAUGGCUUCUUGACUGACGCUACAAAAAACCCAGAAGUCAUUGGAGAGACGUAUCCUUACCAGUACAGUGCACCUCUCCGAGGCUCCAACACCUUACGCUUCUACCGGAACCUGAACCUGGAGGCCUGUCUGUGGGAGUUUGUCAGCUACUAUGACAUGUCGGAGCUCCUGACCGACUGUGGAGGCACCAUUGGGACUGAUGGGCAGGUCCUAAACCUAGUGCAGUCCUACGUGACCCUGCGGGUUCCUUUGUAUGUUUCCUAUGUGUUCCAUUCCCCAGUUGGGGUAGGAGGCUGGCAGCAUUUCGACCUGAAGUCAGAGCUGCGGCUGACUUUUGUGUAUGACACUGCCAUCUUGUGGAAUGAUGGGAUUGGCAGCCCACCAGAAGCUGAACUCCAAGGGUCUCUCUACCCAACGAGCAUGCGCAUUGCGGAAGAGGGGCGCCUGGCCGUGAACUUUAAGACCCAGGCUCAGUUCCAUGGCCUGUUUGUGCUGUCUCAUCCUGCAUCCUUUACAAGCUCCAUGAUCAUGUCAGCUGACCAUCCAGGCCUGACUUUUUCUCUCCGUCUCAUAAGGAGUGAACCGACCUAUAACCAGCCCGUACAGCAGUGGAGCUUUGUGUCUGACUUUGCAGUACGUGACUACUCGGGAACUUACAAUGUAAAGCUGGUGCCAUGCACCACACCUUCCCAUCAGGAGUACCGCCUACCAGUGACCUGCAACCCAAGGGAGCCUGUCACCUUUGACCUUGACAUUCGAUUCCAACAGGUCAGUGAUCCAGUGGCAGCCGAGUUUAGCUUGAACACCCAGAUGUACCUGCUCUCCAAGAAGAGUCUCUGGCUGUCUGAUGGAUCCAUGGGAUUCGGGCAAGAGAGUGACAUUGCUUUUGCAGAAGGUGAUACAAUUUAUGGUCGUGUCAUGGUAGAUCCUGUCCAGAAUCUAGGUGACUCCUUCUACUGCAGCAUUGAGAAGGUGUUCCUUUGCACUGGAGCUGAUGGCUAUGUUCCCAAAUACAACCCAACAAACGCAGAGUACGGCUGCCUAGCUGACUCUCCUUCACUGCUGUAUAGGUUUAAAAUUGUGGAUAAAGCUCAGCCAGAGACACAAGCCACCAGUUUUGGAAAUGUCCUGUUCAAUGCCAAACUAGCAGCAGAUGACCCUGAAGCUGUUCUCCUGGUGAAUCAGCCUGGAUCUGAUGGAUUUAAAGUUGACUCAGCUCCGCUCUUUCAGGUUGCUCUGGGCCGGGAAUGGUAUAUACACACCAUUUAUACAGUAAGAUCAAAAGACAACACCAAUCGAGGCAUUGGCAAAAGAAGUGUGGAAUACCAGAACCAUGCCCUGGUACAGCACGGGAAGCCCCAGGAGACUUCGGAGGGUAGAAAGAAGAGGGAGAUCAGGAGUACGCCCCAACUUGCAUGGGAAAUCGGUGCUGAAAACAACCGAGGAACAAAUAUCCAGCACAUUGCCCUGGACCGAACCAGCAAGAGGCAGAACCCUCAAGGGCGAGUUCCUCCUGAUGGGGUCCUCCCGCGGGAGCUCAGUAGUGCCAGCUCGGAGCUCAGCCUGCUCACUGUCGGGGGUGGUGCUGCCCUGGGAUUGCUCGCCAUCUGCCUCACUGUCAUCACAGCAGUCAUGUGCAAGAGCAAGAAAAGUGCCAGAGAGAAGGCCACCCCCAAGGGCUCAGGCAGCAGCAAGCCCAUGAUGCCCUCACAGAUCCACUGUGGUGACAGCUCAGAGGUGUGACGGCCGCGGGUCGGAUUCAGCCUUCUCAGGUGCCUCAGAGCAAAGGAAAAGCAGAACCCCAGACACUUCUGAUCCGCAGCAGAAAACUGAGAACUUCUAUGAUGAAGCGGCUCAGAACCCAUCUGGGAUAAUAUAUUUCGAUUUUAAUUCUGUAAAGGACAAAUUUAGACCACACCUUUCAUCUUCCUCACAGAGCAUGUAUGCAGACCUACACAGACGGAGCCAUGGAUGGAAGGGAGCAUACUUUAUGCAUGGUCUCUGCACAGUGGAGAUGAACCUGCUCAAAGGUGCUAACAGAUGCUCUGGAGCUUGAGAGGAAUCUGUUGUUAUCAUGUUGUGUGGACUUUGAAGGUGCAAUUAUCACAUUGUUUAUUCAUUGUAUAAUCCAUGAUUACUAGAAAGGUUUUAGUUGGUAGUCUGGAAGACUGAUAAACACACACUGUUUAUUAUGACAAGUUUUCUAAUAGGUGAAGACAGCAUAGAAUUAUGACCAGGGCUAACUGAAACCACAAAUCAUCUUUUCCACUCUUUGGAAAAAGAAUGGAAAGAAAGAAAUGAACUCACUUGCUUGGAUUUGAAAUCUUUUCAUCCUCCUCAAAUCCUCAUUUCAUUUGCUAUUUAAUUUUAAAUUAAACCAAAGAAUAUGUUAAAUCUAGGGAAGAUUUUUUUAUGAAUAGAGCUCUUGCAUAGCAAUAUACCUUAUUGGUGCUCAACACUUGUGGGAAAUGAGAGAACAGGGGACAUUUUUACGACAAAGAAACAACACAGAUCCAGAUUCACUACAAGACAAUGUUCUGUAAGAACUGAUCCUAGAUAUUUGCAGUAUUGAACCCAUAAAUGAUAAUGAGAAUCAUCUUUACAGGCGGUGAAGGGAGAAGGUGCUAUUUAUUAAUAUAAUAUGUAUAACCAGAGUGACUAGUAUGCAUAUUUUAUAGAAUAAAAGAACAUUUUGACAGGUGAUAAAUGAGGUCAGCCCUCAGAGUGACACAGCCAGACAAAAAUGUCCAGAAUUUAAAUCAGCCAUAGGAUAUUUUAUUAGAUGUGUAAUCACAGCUGAUCAAAACAAUAGAAGUCUCUGCAAUGUCAUUCCAGAAAUAGUCUUCCAGGUGGCCAGCCUGUUGGUCAUAUUCUUGUUUAAUCUAACAAAAAAGCAUAAUUCUCUGGCAUCCCCUGUGCAGUGAGCUGGGUUGUGAGCUCCCUGUUACUCCCUAAACAUAAUUUGUUAACAGUGCUAGUCAUUCCCCUUACAAAACCAAAAAACUAGAGUGAGCUUCCUUAAAGAACCUCCCAUCGCCUUUCUGCACAAUUCCUUGUUUUAAAUCAAAUGGCAGAAAUUGUGGUCAAGAAGUAAAACUCUUCAGUAGUUUGGUGACUAGUCUUCCAAAUGCUACUGCAUAUAUGUCAAACAAAAAUAAGUUUGGGAGCAAAAGAGCGACAUCUAACGAUGAGCGUUUGAGAUGCUGCCUGGAAUUUCUUGCCCUUGCCAGUCAGUCUCUUAUCGGCUGGACGUCUUGGUAGAAGAGAGGUUUUUGGAAGGCAAAUGCCUUCUCAUGUAAACAGGAACAUUACAUUUGGCAUCAGUAAGCACCCGCUGGCUCUUGAUUGAGAAAAGGAAGCUAUACUGGUGCAGGAAGAGAAGUGACACAUGUCUAUUACUUGCCUCCCUUCUUUUAGGCCAAUCUGCACUUCACAUGGAGAGUCUUGGAAUGAGCAGGCUGUAGUAUCUUGUUGAGAAAUCUACAUGUAUCACUUACAUCUCAGAUUCCCCUCCAAGAAGUUAUAUAAACAGAAAGUACUGUACAGUCCAGGAGUUCAUUCAUCAAAAUAAGUAAUAGUAUUUGCUUAGUUAUCCUCCCUUUCUCUUGCUUUAUCCUCUGGCAGAUGCUGAACUACAUUUUUGGCUACCUCAUAAUUUGCAUAUGAAUUCACAUGAAUUAAGCAGCUUCAAAUUGUGCAUGAGUUUUUUCCUAUUAAACACUAAAUUCAGUUUAUGAAAACUUAAAGCAAGAAUUCUCAAUCAGUGUUCUGACACUUAAUAGUUAAACAGUUCACAGCCUGACUCUCUUCAGGUCUCUGUCAGUGAAUGUAGUGAUCAGGAAGGCAUCAUUACGACAGGUCUGUUUUGAACCCUUUUGACCAAGGUAGCUUUACCUCAAAUUUCACACUACAAUUUGUUGUCCUAAUGAGGUUAUCAUCUAUGGUGGAUAGCUUAUUAAAUAUAGAACAAGUCUAUCCUUUCCUAACAAAAAGAAAUUUCUCCUUCUCUGUCCAUCUGUUUUCUUUGUCUCCUUUCUCUUCUUCCCUGCAUCCUCUUGGAAAAAUAGAGGGUCUCUGGGAAAUAGGCAGACGUAGCUGUUGUAAGUAAAAAUUACUUGGAGUUUUGCUUCUUAGGACUCAGGAUUUAGCUGAGUGGCUCAAAUGCUUACCUGGUAAGCAUGAGGUUAUGAGUUAGAUCCCCAGUACCAAAAACAAAAACAAACAAACAAAAUACCUAUUUACUAAAUGCAUGAUUUAUCAUACAUUAAAACUCCUUUCUAUGGGAAAAAUGAGGUAAGAUGUUUUUUGUUAAAUAAAACAGAUCCUUAUUUUCAAUAUUUUAUUUUUAGAGAGCUGUUCUGGUAUUAUCAGAACAAAUGUAUAAAAUAACUUCUCCUAGAGAACAGGACAUAAACAGCAACAGCUCCUUAGUACUCAGUACCUCUUGGCCCCAAUCGAGAUCUUGCUGAUUAAAUAUAAAAUGAAAAUAACCAUUGCAUUCAUAUUUAUAUCUCCUAAGCACAUAAACCAUGAAGCAUUGAAAUGCACAAAGUGUAAUGAUGGUCUCAUUCCUGUCCAGUCCCUUAGUUGACAUUUACUGAAGGGUCACCUAAGAUUGACUAGCCAUUCUAAGAGAUUCCAUAGAAAGCAAGUACUUUCGCUGUCAUCGGUGAGAUCCUAAUCACCUGAGGCUUUCUCAGGACUGGCAUGUCAGGAUUUGCAUCAGCUCCUCCUCUGGACCAAAAACACAUCAUGCGCAUCUGGAAAAAAACAAUUUUAAAAUCUCUCCAGAGCACCACUAAUACAGGUCUGUCUCUUCCUGUACAAAAACCAUGUCUGUUAUAAACCGUUCUGAUCACAGAUCCUAUAACAAAACAUUUCCAGCCAUUAGUUUGUUGGAAUAGACCACACAGAGGAAAUACAUUGUGAUAACUGGGAAAUCCUGGCAUUUCCUUUUCCUCUCAGUGGAUGAUAGGAAUAAAGUGGAUUCCGCUUUAGUCUGAGUUGAAGGCAGUGUGUGAACUCUUCUUCCCUCAGCACGGUCAGCAUCUCCGGGAGCCCACUCUCUCCCUAGCAUCUUCAAUAUUUGAACAAUAGGAGUCAAUAUCAGUGAGAAUAUCACUGCUUAGCAUUGGUAACCAGAAGGGCCAGCAGCAGGCUCCGUAUGAAAGGAGUUAGAUCAGUACGCAGCAAAUGAGUAUUACCAAGUCAUCUGCCCUCGAAUUCUUUUCCAGGGGUACCAACUUUAAGGGCAAUGCAAAUAAUGAAAGCAGGCAUUAAAUUGCAGAAAGCCUUUCCCUAUACAUAUCAGUGCUAAAAGUUAAGCUAUUUCCGAGUUGAACAACGUGAAAGUAGCAAUGUUAGAAUUAAUAUAAUGACAUUUACAUUUUAAAAGUGGCAAAUUGUAUUUUGAAAACCUCUAGUAUGACCUGGAAACCAGUUCCAUCCUUUAAUAGUAAAAAGAAAGACUACUGUUAAAGAUGCAAAUAUUUUACAAGUUGAAACUUUCAUAAUUGUAUUAUUUCAAGAACAAGUUACAAUUUUUUAAAUUUUAAUUUUCUAUCCAUGAUAGCAAUGAUAAAAGUAAAAAAAAAAAAAGGCUUUACCAACUGUAUGCAAAGUGAAAAUUACUCAAAUGUUCAGUUAAUCUAACAUGCUAAGUCUGAGAAAUGUGUAAUUUGGGAGGAAGCUAUAAAUAAGUACUAUUUGCACACACAUGCAUGUACACAUAAAAAAUAAACAUAGCCUUGAAGACAUAACUGAAAUAAACCAUGUUAUAAUUUUUAAGGCCAACAGAGAGAUCAUUUGUGAAAAACCUACUAUCCUAAGAGUUUCUUUAACCUUUGUUCAAAGUUUAAUGUUUCCUUAGAUAUGUUCUUAGAAUUAAUCCUACGAUUGCAAUGACAAAAACUCUUGGGACAUAUUACCUGUAAUUUAAGGAUUCUCACUGGUUUGUCAUUUUUUCCCAUUUGACAUAUCCUUUCAUUUUAAGGAAUAAAGGACUUUGGGAUUUCAGUAACUUUUAUUUUUAUAAGAAAUAGAAUAUAUUUUCUUUUGCUUUCCACCAGAAAGACUAUAUGGGAUUUUUUUAGUUUGUUUUCUGGAAUCCCUUGCACCCAGUCCCAGUGAGAAGGGGAGGACCGAGGGCCAUUACCCUCAUUACACAGACAAGGACGUGGCUCAGGUGAGGAUGGGGUUCGCUCAGUGAACUCGAGCACUGAGCCAGGCCUGGCCCAUGCCUGCUCGCUAACACCGAUGGGUUGCAGGGUGGCAGGUUCAAACCCAGCCCAGGCAAUUCAACAAGACCCUGUCUCAAGAUAAAAAUAUGAAAGAGGACUUGAGUUCAAUCCCUAGUAUGGCAGAGCAAAAUGAAAUGAAAAAACAAAACAAAAACCACAAACGCUUAUUAUACAGAGUUUGGACCUAGGAUUCAGCUCAGCACUUGUUCACUGACUCACACGCCCACCCCAGCAGCACACACACACACACACACACACACACACACACACACACACACACGCACACAGGCAAAGAGGGAGAGAAACAGAGAAUUGGGACUGACUCGGAAACCUUGUGCUUUCCCAAUCAAAAUAUCAGUUCACAGUGGAGUGAGAUGUUUGGAGAAUCCAGCUGUGCCACAUUUACACCAGCUGCCUACCACGAAUGUGAUCCCAAGUGCUGCAAAGAGGACUAAUAAAGAAAAAAAGGAAAGAAAUUCAUUGGCCUGCUUUGGCACUUUGUGAGAAGCCUGGUCCUACCCUCAACACUCUGAACCCAUUUGGGUUUGUGCAACCUGGCCCACUGGGCCGUGGAGGCCUGGGAUGGCCUCAGGGAGAGGUUGGUGUGCUCCCCAGGCCAAAAUAGCUUCCUCCCUGCAGCCUGGCCCUUUUUACAAGCAGUGAGACUACCGUCUCAGCCUCCUGCCUGCUAGGAUCCCCUGAGGCACAGACCGUGGUCCCAGUGCUGGGCUCUGCAGAAUUUUGUUUGUUUGUUUAAUUUGCUAUGUGGUUCAAGUUGGCCUUGAACUCACUAUGUAGCCUAGCCUGGCCUCUAACUCAAGGUGACUCUUCUGCUUCAGCCUCCUAAGUGCUGAGCUUAUAAGCAUGUACCACCACUACUGGCCAGAAAUAUUUUAAAGAAGCAAAAAUUAACUCUCUUAAUUGUCUUAAACUCUCUUAAAAAUUGAUAAAAUAAAAUGUACUAACUCUUCUGAUUUAACUUUUUGAGAAAAAGUCAAAAUGCAAACGUUAAAUCAUUUUCCUAUCUUUCAAAUGCAUUUAAUUUCUUUCUCCUGAUAUCAAUACUGUGCAGUUUCUAAUAUUGUUUUACUAAAGAACAAUAAGAAGAAAAAACUACCCUAACAUCUACUGCUUCUUGUCUCUUUCUCUCUCUCUCUCUCUCUCUCUCUCUCUCUCUCUCUCUCUCUCUUUCUUUUGCCUAGUAUACUGUUUUUCUUUUUCUAUUAUUUAUUUCUCAUUCUUCUGGUUAAUCCUUCCCAUUACCACUUUGGCUAUAUAGUUAGCAUUCUCAUUCUUCUGAAAGCUGAGGACAUCCACACACAUUUGGAUAUAAAUGGCUUCUAUAUAAAAUGUCAAAGCUCUGGGAUAGAAGACAGUAAACUUCUUGUCAAAUAUCAAAAGCAUUAUAUUGAACAAUAACCUCACCUUGACUUUCCUCUCAGCAGAAGUUCAACCUUGACAUUUAAAAUGUAUAAAAUUGUAUAAGAGAAAAGGCCAAAGAUUAUAUACGUGAAGCUCUUUAGGGUGACUGAAUACUUUGCAAUGAAACCAGCAGCCAAGAAAACUGGUAUCAUGUCAACAGCAUUGACAUUUUAAAAUUGUAAUUAUUAAAUGCACAGCAUUCCUUUACUCUCAGCUGCGUGGUGUAUCACUGAUUACCUGAUCACUUGAACACUGAAGAUAAAAUUUCUGCUAUGGAUUUCUGUGUUUUCCAGUCUGAGUCAUUCUCUCACCUAAGAACUGUCAGUCUUAUGCUUUCAAGAGAAAAAAGGAAAUCAUGUAAAAUUUCAAAAAGUAAAAUAAAAAGAAUUAUAAUAAAAGUAAUUAAAAUAUAGAAAGGUAAUCAUUGUUAAGAACAAAAGACCAUUUCUGUAAGGGCCCAAAUCAAGCACAUUACAAAAAGGAGCACAAAGCAGUCUUUGCCUGUGACUUGGGGAAUUCAGGUUUUUGGCAAGACUUUUUGAAAGCCCAUUUGUGUAUUAAAGAAAACUUUAUCCUGGACAUGGAGCUGUGCAUUUUAUAAUUGCAUUAAGUGCUUCCUUCUUUCUCAAGUGCUCUUCAUAACACUUAGAAACUGUAGAUGUUUGUCUAGCCACGUAUCUAUGUGUAAUAGAAUUAUUUGCAGAACUUAAUAGCUUGUGCUAAUUUCUCAUGGAAAUUCUUCAAAAACAAACAGGUUCUAGUUUAUUUCAUGUGUUUCGCUAGGUAACUGCACAUUUUUUGAGGUAUUCAAGUUUAUUCCUGGCAACCUAAUUAUUAUGAAUAAUUUGGAAUCAUUUAGCCUUAAAUCCAUGUCUGAAAGAAUGGUUGCUAGCACUUGUUUAAUAACUACUGUUUUUUUCUUCAAAGUAUAUUACAUGUUUAAUAUAAAUAAAACCUAUAUAAAUGUA